GCUGAGAAUACUCAUAUGCUUUUACCAAUUCAUUUGCUCAUUUCACUCCUUCAUUCUGUGAUUGCUUUCUUAUUUCUUUUUUUCUUUUUUUUGUACAGUGUUCUGCCUGCGUGCCAGAAGAGGGCACCAGAUCUCAUUACAUAUGGUUGGGAGCCACCAUGUGGUUGCUGGGAAUUGAACUCAGGACCCCUGGAAGAACAGCCAGUGCUCUUAACCGCUGAGCCAUCUCUCCAGCCCGCUUUCUUAUUUCUUAAUAAAACUCAGGUUCCUGAAUCUCAAAAACCUAGACCAAAAAAAGCUCUAGAGUUUCCUAUUGUGGAGAAACAGAACUGGUUGAUCCAUCUCCACUAUAUCCGGAAGGAUUAUGAAGCGUGCAAGGCUGUGAUCAAAGAACAGCUUCAGGAGACUCAGGGGUUAUGUGAAUAUGCUAUCUAUGUCCAAGCACUGAUUUUACGCCUGGAAGGAAAUAUCCAAGAAUCCCUAGAACUCUUUCAGACGUGUGCUGUUCUCAGCCCUCAGUGUGCUGAUAAUCUCAAGCAGGUGGCCAGAUCUUUAUUUCUUCUGGGAAAACAUAAAGCCGCCACUGAAGUAUAUAAUGAAGCAGCUAAACUUAACCAGAAAGACUGGGAGAUCUGCCAUAACCUGGGAGUGUGCUAUACUUAUCUAAAGCAGUUCAACAAGGCACAAGACCAAUUGCACAGUGCCCUCCAGCUUAACAAGCAUGAUCUGACUUACAUAAUGCUGGGGAAGAUCCACUUACUGGAGGGAGACCUGGACAAGGCCAUUGAGAUCUACAAGAAAGCAGUCGAGUUCUCACCAGAAAAUACAGACCUUCUUACAACUUUAGGAUUACUCUACUUACAGCUUGGUGUUUACCAGAAGGCAUUUGAACACCUUGGGAAUGCACUGACCUACGACCCUGCCAACUACAAGGCUAUCUUGGCAGCAGGCAGCAUGAUGCAGACCCAUGGGGAUUUUGAUGUUGCCCUCACCAAAUACAGAGUUGUAGCUUGUGCUAUUCCAGAAAGUCCUCCACUUUGGAAUAACAUUGGGAUGUGUUUCUUUGGCAAGAAGAAAUACGUGGCAGCUAUCAGCUGCCUAAAACGAGCCAAUUACUUGGCACCCUUCGAUUGGAAGAUUCUGUACAAUCUGGGCCUUGUCCAUUUGACUAUGCAGCAGUAUGCAUCAGCAUUCCAUUUUCUCAGUGCAGCUAUCAACUUCCAGCCAAAGAUGGGGGAACUCUACAUGCUCUUGGCUGAUAGGGUCUCACUGUGUGGUCCUUUCUGGCCUGAAACUUACUGUGGUCUUCAGCUCAGAGAUCUGGAUGCCUCUGCUGGGAUUAAAAUGGCUCUGACCAAUCUGGAAGAUACAGAAAAUGCCAAGAGAGCUUAUGCAGAAGCUGUCCGCCUGGAUAAGUCUAACCCUUUAGUAAACCUGAACUAUGCUGUGCUGCUGUAUAACCAGGGCGAGAAAAAGGGUGCCCUGGCUCAGUACCAGGAGAUGGAGAAGAAGGUCAACUUUCUCAAGGACAACAGUCCUCUGGAAUUUGACUCGGAGAUGGUAGAGAUGGCUCAGAAGUUGGGAGCUGCCCUCCAGGUUGGAGAGGCACUGGUCUGGACCAAACCAGUCAAAGAUCCCAAGUCAAAGCACCGGACCAAUUCAGCUAGCAAAUCCGCUGCUCUCCAGAAGACUCUCGGCACCUUUCAAGCUCUAGGAGAGGCGAUGGCUUCAGCAGCUGCAUACAGGAAACUCCCUUCAGGUGCUGUAGGAGCCCAGCUCACAAAGCCACCAUCACUUCCACUGGAGCCAGAGCCAGAGCCCACCGUGGAGGCAAGUCCAACAGAAGCAUCAGAACAAAAGAAAGAAAAAUAGCAACAAACACGAGAAAAACAGGAUGACCCUGGAGUAGGGGUCUCUUAGGUGAGACCAUAUAGAAGAUGGUCAUAUGACCCAGGCAGAUGGAGGCCAGCCCUGUUCCCUGGAUGGGUACUGCAGAAUUAAAACAGAACCCAGGGUGCAUUGUGAUGAUCAGGAGGAGCCUAAGGCCCAUGCAGCUCUUGGCUGGCCCCAUCAUCCAGGAACGAGGGAGAAGACAUGCUAGAUAGGCUUGAGGCCCUGCACGUAUAGAUCCAAGACUCAGCAAGGCAAAUGAUCAAAGACUAUCACUCGAUGAAGGACUUUUAUCUUGAUAAAGGGAAAGGGACCUCUGCUCAGUAGCCUAUGGUAAUGAAGCCUCAUUCUAACUGGACUGUGGAAAUACAUCAGUCCCCACUGUAAUACAAACCUUGAAUUGAGAACCUAGUUAAACAGGGUCCCCUCCCUUCUUUUAGAUUAAGUUGAGACCCAAUCUGGAAUAUAUUCUAGCUGUAUUUGCUCAGAGAAUCUAAAACAAGUCUCUAUUUUCAUUCUUAAAAGAGGUUAGAGUCUGGAGCCAGAUCAUGUCAGUAUAAGUAGUAGGAGUCAAGGCUGGUCUGGAAUUGGCACCGAGGAUUUAAAGAAAAGGGUGUGGGUAGGGUGACUGAGGAUAGAGUUCAGUUGCUAGAGUACUUGCUCAGCUUGCACAAGGCCCUGGGUUCGAUCCCCAGUACAGCUGAAAAAGAACAAAGCUCUUAGCCAAGGAAUUUUAACCAAGACAAUCAAUGAUGAAUGCUGACAAAUGCUCUCCUGGCCCAUUAGCGGCCUCUGUAAAGAUUAUGGACCACCAAGAGGUCGCAUUAAAAGCUUUUUUUUAAAAAAAACAACAACAACAACCUGUGAUCACUGUCUAUCUUUACCUAUUUCCAAGCCUGGUUUGCACCUAUAACCACUUCAGAGCCAAGCUGGUCUUGCCUAUAGUGUGGCCUCACAGCGGCCCAGAGGGUUGGCUUCCUCUGAGGCAGUCCUGGUUUUCACCUUAACUGGAAGCUAGAAAACUGACAUGCUGUCAAGGUGGAGUGUGGAGUUUUUUGGUAUUAUGGCUGGGUCUGAUUUGACAGACUGAACAGAGAUCCUCUUAAGUUCUCUUACCUCAGAUGGCAAGCACAGUCCCAGAGGUGAUUCCUUUGCCCAGGUAGCAGGCUUGUCAUGGAGCAGUCAACAAAACUCUCCAUCAGCAUGAAAGGUAGUAUAGACUAAACUGAUUGACUAAACUAAAGGUGUUGGUGAGAAAUAAUAGGAGUUAGAGAAAUAACAGGCUUAGAAGGAGAGGAGAAAGAAAACGUGAAAGAAACCCAGGCGCUAAAUCAGCAGAAAGGAGGGUCUGGCUGUAGGUGACAAAUGAGAAGAGACUGUUAGGUAGGUGGAUACUCAGUCUCGACUUAAGACGAGGCAUAUGGGUGACUAGGAUCAAGGACUUUUCAAGUCUGGUGGUAGGUAGCCCUGGUCUUUGAGAUAACCCAAUGAUACCUUACUAGACACCUAAAUAACCUGAGUUGAGAAACGAAAUCUGUUUAAAGGUUCUGCUAGAGAAGUGGUUCUCAACCUGUGGGUUGUGGCUCCUUUUGGGUGUCAAACAACCCUUUUACAAGGACUGCAUAUAAGAUCGCCUACAUAUCAGAUAAUGCAGAUUAUGAUUCAUAACACUAGCAAAAUUAGUUGUCACGUAGCAACAAAGUAAUUUUAUGGUUGGGGGGUCUCCACAACAUGAGGAAUUGUAUUAAAGGGUCUCAGCAUUAGGAUGGUUGAGAAUCAUUGUGUUAGAGGAAUCUGGAUUUUGUACUAGCUGAAGAGCAUGGGCUUAGGAAGUCUCUUAAGAGCAAGUCUAUUGGGGAGGAACCUAUAGUUGGGAAAGAAAACCCAUGUCAGAAGGUAUAUGCCAGGCUGCACAGGAUUAGAACCUGCAGUUGGACAUAACCUCUGAUGGUUCAUCACCAAGCAGGGAUACACCCUUGGGGAAGCAGUGGUGGCUACAGAAGCCCAUGCAGAGAUUAAGCUACUCAUUUUAUAAAGCUUCAAAGUAGAGGAGAAAAAUCUCUAAGGGUGGAACUGAAUUCCUUACUCUGAGAGGACUUUAAAUAUUUUUAAAGACAGGGUUUCGUGUAGUCCAGGCUAGCCUCAAAUUUACUAUGUAGCUGAGAGAAUAGCCUUUACCCUGUUCUUCCUGCCUCUACCUUCCAAUGCUAUGGCUAACAGGAGUGUGCCACCACCACUGGCUAAAUCUUAGUAUCUGAGGCUAGACAAGUGCACAGUGCUGUUCUCUUCAGGUGAAGUGUGGCAGAAACCAAGAGGCCUGCUCAGUUUCCAUUCCUCAGGGGCAGUAUGGUACCUUUCUUCCAGGAAUAGUCACAAAGCAAUGCUUUCCAUAGUGCCUGGACUUAGGUUUUCUUAGAUAACAAACUGUACAUGUCCAGUCUUCUGGGGGUCUAGAUUCGCAGUUUCUCAUUCAUUCUGAAAAGAAUAAAAAGUUAUUCUAUGAAGGCAGCUCACAACACAAUUUUAACAGAUUUAGGAAAGUGAGAUCAUAAUGAUAGUCACAGAUAUAGGUAUGGCUUUGACCCUUUAGAAAGACUGAAUCCCCAAACUGACAAUACUAAGUGCUAGCAAGGCUUCAGCAUAGGUACCUUGGAACUAAAUUUGGCAGAUCUUUUUAAAAAAAAAACUAAACAUAUAAUCCAAAAGUAUUUGCUGAAAUGAAUUAGAAACAAUCCUGAUGCCCAAACCUGUGCAUAAGUGAGUGAGUGAAUAACUACAGUGGAGCCAGACAGAGGAAAAGUGCAAAAUGGAGCUAUAUCAAGCUGAGAAAAGGAUGUGGUCAGUGCAUAAUACCAAGUGAAAAAGCCAGUUUGAAAUACCCACAAACUGCAUGAUCCUAACUAACAAUGUGUUCUGGAAAUCUAGCCAUUCCACAAUGUAAGCAUAUUUCAAAACUAUGUUAUCUACAGUGUGUAUAUAUAUAUUUUACCAGUAAAAAAAUAAAUCUGUCCUCAGAUUAACACUAUGCAUAGGAAUUAAGUCAAACUACAUUACAGACCUAACUGUAAACGCUGAGGCUAUAAAGCGCCAAGAAACCUUGAGCCUGCA